AUAAAUGUAAACAAAAGAGAAAUCAUCCCUUACCCUGCCAUAGGGCCCCUACCCGUUAACUCAGUCGGAAGGGUAUAUGCUGACGUUGAUCGGUAACGGUCCAAUUGCGAAUGCUUGUCUUAUGAAUAUUAAUCAGCCGUUUGCCAUACUAGGACUUCUGAAUCCGCUUCCCGUUCGGGAUGUUUUGGAUGGAAUCGCGUCCGCUCCACUUAUUUCUGCCAUUUUGAGGAAAAACGGUCUGCUGUAAAUUCUUUCUCUGAAAUUAUGAGAUUACUUCUGUGGCAGUUUUUUCCCUGAGAAAAGCCCUGUAUACAAAAAAAAAAUGUGCUCCAUGAAUCAUCCUUCCAACUGGGUUACAUUUGAUGAUGAAGGGACAUCCUUCUCCUCACCCCAGAAACCACUGCGGUCUUCAAACUCAGGUUCAGUACCACGCCCGAAUGGUUUGAAACUUGUUCUCCCAUCUAUGGGAAGUGAAACAUGGAGCUUCAGCACAGCCCUGGAAUCCCCAUUGUUGGAUUUUAGCCUUAACGAAAGCUUGCAAGUGCCCAGUAACACUCCCAUGUGCACUCCAGUGAAGACAACACCAGCAGGUCAGUCGCCCUUUUAUUAUGGACUUCAGGAUCAACCAGACUAUUUCUCAAGCACUUUUACCAACUUUUCUCCAGGAUUUCAAAAAGACCCCCAUUCAAUUAGCCCAUCCCAAGAUAAAUCGGGUCAUUUAAACCCUGCAUGGGUAGAAGCCGAUCAUAAACGACUGUCUCGGAGCUCAUCGUCAGACUCUGACUCUGGUCCCGGUUUACCUCGUUUCUUCAUCCGUUCCAAAGACGGUAACGAGCCACCCCAGGACCACCCUCAGUACUCCUACUCUUAUAUAUGCCAUGAACUUGAACGACUGAGAACAGAAGAGAACGAACAAGAGGCUAAUGAUGGGAAACUAGACAAAGAGAAUUAUCUUUCAGCUUUAGGAAUUAAUCAAGGUAAAGAGAUGAUUAGAACCCCAUCCUUUGUUCCUCAAGGAUUGUUCCUCAGUCAGAGUAGGCACGGUUGGUCAUUGAUGCUUAGAAUUCCAGAGAAAAAGAACCGCAUGUCUUCUCGCCAGUGGGGACCUAUAUACCUGCAGCUGCUGCCUGGAGCUCUACUACAGUUGUUUUACGAGAAGGGCCUGGAGAAACCCUUCAAAGAAUUUCAGCUUCAUGCUAACUGCUGUCUGUCAGGUCCCAAACUAGAGAGUUACGGCGAACCACGCAAGAUCGCUACAAUAAAGGUUGAGCAUGUGUCGUAUGUCGAAAGAAAACGCUAUCACCCGAAACAUGAGGUAACGCACGAAGCAGAAGCGGAGCAACUUUUGAAGUUUGGCACCACCGAAUAUGGUGACAUAGAGGACCUGCUGGUGUCUAUUGAAGAAGAGCUCAUGCGGUUACCAACAGCGCACCAACAGCACAAACACUAUGAAGAACAGGAGCUGUUUUUGGACAUCUCUGACCAUAUCUGGAUGCGUCAGGAUAAAGAUGGAGUUGUUGUCGAUUGUAAGGCCAUCACACGAAUUCACUGCUUAGCUUUCUUGAACGGUGCACCAGAGUGCUUCUUGGCCCUGAAUGACCUUGGACUUCUUAAACAUUCCCCUGCGUAUGGUUCAGAUGAGGAUGAUGAGCCCUGGAUGGAGAUCACAGACUACCAUUUUCACCAGUGUGUGAGAAAAGCACAGUUUCUACAUCAGCGGCUGAUUAAAUUCUGUCUUCCUGACGCUUGUCGGGUGGAGCUCAUGCGCUACAGGACCGCGUCCUUCAAUUGCGAGAAAUUGCCCCUGUCCGUUAAAGCUGUGGUGACUGUGCAGGGUGCCUGUGUUGAGCUGCAGGUCUUCCUCAAUGUCCCAUUGAGUUUCCCAUCAUCUGAAAAAACUCUAGAGACAUUCUGUGAAAACAUUUCUCUGCAGAUACCGUUUCCAGGUGAUUGGGUUAAAGUGCCCAACAGUGGGUCACUGCUGCGACAGAAAUCCCUCAAGGCUCGCAUGAACAGAAAUGCGUGCUUGGGCUCGGCACACGUUGCAGAAUCUCACUCUGUCAUGCAAGUGUCUGUUGGCACAGCAAAAUAUGAGAAUGUGUAUCGAGCCAUUGUGUGGAGAAUUGACAGACUUCCUCAAAAGAAUGUUGCUGUGGAUCAGCUUCAGUCAUUUGUGUAUAAAUUGGAGCUGGCAUCUGAUCAGGAGAUUCCUGCUGAUUGGUUCCCGUUUGUCACAGUUGAGUGUGAGGUUGCGGAUGCGGUGGUUUCCCACACUAGGGUGAAGUCAGUGGGCACAGUUUGUGACAUUCAGCCCCAGAAACACGUGAACAGCAGAACGUACUAUCACUGCCAGGUGGAAAUCCAUAAGAAGCUGAUUGAGGCCGAAUCGCUGAAGCAAACAAGUUGUGCAGCACAGUGACGGAGGAUUUCUUCAGCAGUAAUGGGGACUGAUGUUGCUUGCAUUGAUUUUGCUUAUUCCAUGCACACACUAUACAUUCAAGCUGUAUAGUAUAUAAUUAAACAUGUAAAAAGCAAUGAAUUACAGAUUUGCUUUUAUUGUAGUAUUGUUUUUUUAUUAUUAUUUAAAGCCUUAUAAAGCCUCUGUACUCCAAAGCCUUCAUUUCAUUAAAGGCGGAGUGCACAAUGUUUGAAAGCCAAUGUUGAUAUUUGAAAUCACCUAAACAAACAUGCCCCUACCCCAAUAUAAUCUGGACCUUCUGUUGAUAGACCCACCCAACAUAUACACAACCCAGGCAAGGAUGUUGGUUAGUAGACACGCCCCUUACUGGUGAUUGGCUAUAAGUGUGUUUUGGUACUCGGCUCGACUCCUUUUUCCAAAGCGUUUUUCAAACAUUGUGCACUCCGCCUUUAAGUAAAUAUGAAAAGUUUCGUUGCAAAACGAGAUAAAUCCAUUUUUUAACAUUUUUGUCAAAACAUGUUUAUUAUUAUGUUAUCAUGUUAUUAUUUUGUUUUAUGGUGCUGCUUAGCUGUAUUUUUUAAGUUAUGAAGGUUUAAAUCAAAACAAACCAACUGCAGUUGAUUUGAAAUUAAUUGGAAUGCACAACCAAAAAACGAGAUUUCUGAGCAAUUAAAAAAAUGUAGUUAUCUCGUUUUGCAAAGAAACUCUUCAUAUAUACAUUUCAUACCAUGAAAAUAACGCAACCUUAUAUUGUUUCCAAACAAUAACUUGUGUUGGUUUAGUAUUGCUGCACUUUACCCUGAAUUCCUAAAAAAUGUUUUAGUUUUAGCAGAAAAAUAUUGUCUAAAAUGAUUAUUAGCAUUAUAGUACAGUCAUGCAUUUAUGAUUUAUGCAACUAUUUAUGUGUUUUAUUCAAUCUGAUUUAUUAUAAGAAAUGUAUAUACUGUAUUAAAGGAAAGCAGAAUCCUCAGAAACGUGUUCUUGUAGAACUGCGUACAUAUAUAUGAAUAACUGCUUAAGAUUACAUACCAAAAAAGUUAUUCCUUGUGGUUUAACUGUACAUUUAACAACUAAAUAAAUAAAUUAUUUAUUCUGA